AGAUGUAACCAUUUCGACAUAGCAACCCUGUGUAGUUAAUAUCUUGAUUUUGGGGUGUGAUGUGUAAUUUCUGUUUCGCCGGCAAGGAAACAAGAUUGUUAUGACUGAAUAACUUAAAAUGCUGUAAAGAUACUCCGUUCCCGCCCUAGUAUUUCAGGAGUCCCUCACAUCCCUACAUCCGUACGGCAGCUGUCUCGUUCAGCAGCAAAAGAAAGAAUGCCUAUUUUGUACUGUGUGGUUGCACGAGGGGGUACCGUCCUCUCUAGGUACGCCAGUUGCGCGGGAAAUUUCGCAGAAGUCACGGAACAGAUACUGCAAAGAGUGUCAGCAGACACACCAAAGUUAACGUACACACAUGGGAGCUAUUUGUUCCACUACAUUCUGAAAGAUGGAAUCAUCUACUUGUGCAUCACAGACGAUGAGUUUGACAGGGCAAAGGCGUUUCACUUUCUGUCACAAAUUCAGACGAGGUUCCAAGUAAGCUAUGGAAGACAGGCCCAUUCAGCACUUGCCUACGCGAUGAACAGCGAGUUCUCCAGGGUACUGGCAAAUGAAAUGAAACACUAUUCCGAGAAGCAAGAUCGGGAUGCCGUCCAGGGUGUUCAGGAAGAAAUUGACGAGCUCAAGGACAUCAUGGUGAAAAACAUAGAUUCUGUUGCGGCCAGGGGAGAAAGGCUAGAACUGCUGGUCAAUAAAGCCGAUAACCUUUCAACAAUGUCUGUGUCGUUCCGCAAGGCAAGCCGGAAUCUCCAUAGGUCGAUGCUGCUUAAGAAUAUCAAACUGGCCAUUAUCAUCACUAUUGUUGUUAUUAUUGUUCUGUACAUCAUAGUAUCUUCAGCAUGCGGAGGCCUGGCAUGGCCAAACUGUGUCUGAAAGGAGAGGACUUUGAACAAGCCCUAUUUCCACGGGAGAACAGGAGAGACCAAGAAUGUGUGCAUGUUUUUUUUCGUGCCUGCUGCCUUUUUGUUAUAUCUUACGCCUUUUCUUAUCUAUCUUGCAGUUGACUAGGAAAUCACGUUUCAGUGUAAAGUGUAUGCAUAUUUUUCAUGCUCUAAUGGAAGGAGGCACUGCAGUCAGAGAGUGAGAAAUUAUGUAAUAUUCCUAUUGUCCAUGUACAUAGCUCACUUGCUCUUCUUUGUUAGAAUUUUAAGUAUUUUCUACGACUUGUAACAGCUCGGUUUAAGUGUCACAAAUACUCUGUACAUACAAAAAAAAGUCUCGAUUUAGUUUGUAGCAUGUGCACAACAAAAAUAAAGUUUACAAAAAAAAAAUUUAUUUUAAAAAAAAUCCGCACUCUAA